UUGUAACUUGCAGGAACCCCCCCUUUUAUCUCUCUCUCUCUAUAAAUAAUAAUUGUUUUCCACUCAUUUACACCCUCAAGCUCUCACUCUCUCUCCUACCAAAAGUCAGCGCCUUCCUUUGUCCCCUUUCCCUUCUUUCUCUCUCUACUUGCAUUUUUCUCUCUCUCAAGACUAGAGCAGACAAGUUGAGAGGGGAUAUGGAAGAUGAUUGGGAUCUGCAAGCGGUGGUCAGAGGCUGCACCACCACCGCCACCUCCACCACCACCACCACCACCACCACUUGCACUGCAGAUGUUGAUGAUCCUCUUUCUACCUUUCAACCACAAGAUAAUCACUUUCUCUUCUAUCCAGAUCCAAUAUUUGAACAAAGGAGUGAGAGUAUUGAAGACUUGCAAGAUCUGUUCAAACCGUUCUUCCCCAAAUUACAGCCUCUCUCUCCCCAAAACAUACCCAUCUCACCUCUCUCUGUUCUCGGAGGAUUACAAGAUCUAUCACCACCACUCCAACAGCAACAACAAAAACAACAACAAAUACAACUUCAACUACAACAAAAACAACAACAGCCAAAGCAGUUUGUUGGUGGCUCCAAAAGCAUUGUUACUUCUGCUUCCAACACUACUCCACACACCCAAACUCCAAGGUCAAAAAGAAGGAAGAAUCAGAUGAAGAGGGUUUGCCAAGUACCAGCUGAGGGUUUAUCUUCUGACAUGUGGUCUUGGAGAAAAUAUGGCCAAAAACCCAUCAAAGGCUCUCCAUAUCCAAGGGGUUAUUACAGAUGUAGUACUUCAAAGGGGUGUUUGGCCCGAAAACAAGUGGAGCGGAACAGAUCUGACCCGAACAUGUUUAUUGUCACCUACACGGCUGAGCACAACCACCCCAUGCCGACUCACCGGAAUUCACUCGCCGGGAGCACCCGCCAGAAGCCCGUCACACCCCAAACGGCUACCGCCGGUGAUACCAACAAACCCAGUUGCUCUUCCCCUGUUUCGCCGGCGAGUCUCUCUCCGGCGAACGAAAAGGUGGAUAGCAGAGAAGACUUGAUGCUGGAAGACGAUGAAGAUGAGCUCGAUGUCUCCGAUAUGGUUAUGGGUGAUGAUUUCUUUGCUGGUUUGGACGAUCUCGUGUCUCCCGCUACCGCAGAUAGCUUUUCCGAUCAAUUGCCGGCUACUCUGCCCUUCUCUUGGCUGGCCAACAACAGUGCCACAACCACCGCCGCCGGCGGUGGUUGACUAGUCGGGAAAGUGACACCUGUCACGGGCAUGAAUGAUGCUUUUCUUCACCCUCACUUUUCAUUUCUCUUUUUGUCCGUUAGAUAGAGAGAGAGUUUUUUAACCAGUGGCAAAGAAUCUUCAAUUACAAUGUCUUUGUACGUGAAGGUAUAAUUCUCCAUUAUAGUGAGUCUUGUAGAGAAAAAAAGUUUAUUCCAUGUUUUUAGAUGUGUUGUAUAAUGAUGAUCUUAAUCUAGAUGUUAAUUUUUGUA